AAACCAUUGAAGUGCUCUAAUUCUUCUGGGCGGAAACUUUCCCUCUCUCCGUCUGCCUCCAAAAUGGUCACAAAUCAACCCGGCUUCUCAGAUUGAGAAACCCUAGAGAGUAGAGACCACCCAUGGCAUCCACCUCGGCCUCCCGGUUUGACGGCGCCACCGGAAAAAUCAAAACUGCAGCUUCUACUCUGUACUCCGACAAUCAGUCCCUCAUCGCCGAAAUUCGAAAGGCGUUGAAUAUGAUGAAGGAAAUUGCGGUUGAUUUGGAGAGAGAUAAUCAGUCUCAGAAGGUGAAGGAGCUUGAAAAUACUGUUGUUGAAUUGUUGGCUGCUCAUGAAGAUUGUUCACAUUUUUCAUCAGCAAUUAAAUCUGUAGGAGAUAGGUACCAGCCUACAGGAGAGUUAUCAUGUUUUAAGAAGUUGCUUGAGGAGGAGAUUGUGAAGCUCAAGGCUAGUUCGUCUUCAGCUCCACAAAAAGAUCGUAUAACACGCCAAUUUAGAGAAGCUAUCUGGAAUGUUCAUCAUGCUGGAGAGCCAAUGCCAGGUGAAGAGCAGGAGGACAUUGUAAUGACUAGUACCCAGUGCAACCUUUUGAAUAUCACUUGCCCAUUAAGUGGAAAGCCUGUUACUGAACUGUCAGAACCUGUUCGCAGCUUGGCUUGCAAGCACGUUUAUGAAAAGAAGGCUGUCAUGCUUUACAUGCGGUCCAAGAAUCCACGUUCUCAAUGCCCUGUAGCAGGUUGCCCUAAGUUACUGCAGGCAGAAAAAUUGGUGUGUGAUCCAUUGCUGCUUUUUGAAAUUGAUGAGAUGCGCACAAUGAGUAAUCAAACUGCUAGAACUGACGUGAUAGAAGAUUGUACCGAGCUUGAUGAAGAAGGAAAUGACUGAUGAAAUUGGCUGCUGCCUGCUGGUGGAUGUCUGAUUGUAGUUUUGGGAUUUAAAGAUGUUUACAACUUUUGAUCUAACUGAAUAUAUAUGUACAGUCCAUUGGAUA